UAAUAAAAACCUGCUAACCCCAGAAGAAAACCCCCUUUCGCUCUGAAUUAACAAUAAUAAAAAAUCGAGAAAUAAUUGGGAAAACCGAAAGAGAGGAAAAAUCAUCAUAGGGGAAGGGAAACACGGCGGAGAGAAGCAUCGAGAAGGUGAUGCGAUCGCGGCGGUGGUGGCCGGCCGAUGGUGCGGCGGUGUUCGGGAGGACUCGUCGUUGUUGAUGGGCAUGCUGCAGAUGACGUGGCAGCCGAGCCUUCUCAAGUCUCUCAAGCGGAAGCACGGCUCGCCGCCUCUAGGGCUCAAAAACCUCGGCAACACCUGCUACCUCAACUCCGUCCUUCAGUGCCUCACUUACACCCCUCCCCUCGCCAAUUUCUGCAUCCGCUUCCUCCAUUCUUCUGCUUGUGACUUUGGGCCUGGCAAGGAGAAGAAAGGGGAGUGUCCUUUUUGUAUGCUAGAAAAACGAAUUUAUCGCUCUUUGAGUAGUGAAGCAGUCUCUGACGCGCCUAUAAAAAUAAACAGCUGUUUGAGCAUAUAUGCUGAGCAUUUUCGCACUGGGAGGCAAGAGGAUGCUCAUGAAUUUUUGCGUUAUGUGAUAGAUGAAUGCCAUAAUACAUGCAUAAGAUUAAAGAAGUUGCAACAGCAACAAAGGGGGAAAAAUGGGAUUGCUAAUGGAGGAGAUAUUGGUGGGACUGGGGAAACAGUGGUGAAGGAGAUUUUUGGAGGGGCGUUGCAGAGUCAAGUAAAAUGUUUGUCGUGUGGGGCCGAGUCAAAUAAGGUUGAUGAGAUUAUGGAUAUUAGUCUUGAUAUUUUGCAUAGUGGAUCACUCAGAGAGGCUCUGCAGAAGUUUUUUCAGCCUGAGGUCUUGGAUGGAAAUAAUAAAUACAAGUGCGAUAAUUGUAAGGAAUUGGUGGUAGCAAGGAAGCAAAUGUCAGUAGUUCAGGCGCCAAAUGUCCUCGUAAUCCAACUAAAGAGGUUUGAGGGUCUGUUUGGUGGGAAGAUUGAUAAGCCAAUAGCGUUUGAUGAGAUGUUAGUGCUUUCAAGUCACAUGGCCAAAGGAAGCAAGGAUGAGCAUCCAGAGUAUAAUCUUUUUGGUGCUAUUGUGCAUUCAGGUUCCUCUCCUGAUUCAGGACACUACUAUGCAUAUAUCAAGGAUGCAUUGGAUCGAUGGUACUGCUGCAAUGAUUCUUAUGUUUCAGUCUCAACCUUUGAGGAGGUUUUGUCUGAGAAAGUCUAUAUACUUUUCUUCUCUCGUACAAAACAGAGGCCUCGAAUUAAGGUUGAUGUGGUGGCUAAUGGAUCCAAGUCUCAUGAGUCAAAUGGGAGUAAGACAUCCAUAACGCAAAAGUCUGAUUGUCUAGACAAACCAGUCUGUACUGUACAAGUUUCUAAUCAUCAUCUAGAGUUAAAUGAUUCAACCAAUGGCACUAGAUCAUUUAUCCAAAAGCCAGGUUGUCUAGAAAAUUCAGUUAACAUGAACAUGUCUAACAAUCAUUCCGAGACAAAUAAUUCAACAAGCAACCCUACGUCCAAUGGCACUAAAACACUUCAAAUCCAGAAGUCUGAUGGGGGAACAGCUAGUAUGAAAGAGCUCUCUGACAAUCCUUCUGAAAUAUAUAAUUCAAUCACUUCGCUCGCAUCCAACUACAGUAAUUCAACUGAUGUACAUAAUUCAGGUGCUUUUAUAGAACCAGUGGAUACGAAGGAGUCUUCUAAUCACCACAGUCAGACAAGUACUUCAGCAAAAUCUAAGGUUGAUCAAGGGCUUUCUAGUCACGACCGGAAAUUUAGUGACUCUGUGACUACCAAUAGGAUCCUUGCCCCUGGGAGUAUCAAGAAUGCUGUUAACAAUGAAGAGUCCAAGGAGCGAAAUGGCUGUAAAGAAACUUCAGUUACUUCAGUAGAGAAAGAUAAAACUGGCUUGCCGAUAAUCAAGAGCAAUGGCGUGAUAAAAAAGUCAGCUGAUGUUCAGAUUUUGAAGAGAGGGCUUACUUCCUUUCGAAUCAGUAGUAGAGAAAAUGGGCAUCCUGCAGCUGACACUACUGAAAGAAGUUCACCUGUAGUAAAUGGAUUUAAAAGCACGAAUGCAUCAGACAAAAGUCAUAACUGCCGGUACAUUCAGAACGGAGACAUUAUGGGCUCUAAUAACUCAGGCAUGAAGAGGAAGAUAGAAGACGAUCGUUCAUGCAUUUUGCUUGCGGAAGAUGACGAAUCUCGUGCAAAAGUGGAUGCGUUCAAGCAAUUGAUUGGGAAAGAAGCUUCCAUGUUUUUGCGAUCAUGUGGGUGGUCUGCAGAAGUGCAGAAUUUCAUGCAUGCCAGGAAAAAGGUGUGUGAAGAAGCAGCCGAUACUGCAUCAAAUGACCACGAGAUGAAGAGUUUGAUGAUUUCACAGGCGAAGAAAAGUUUUCUUUCUAAAGUUCCCGAAUCACUUAAAGCAAGAUUAGUUGAACAGCUCAGACUUUUUAACCAAGACGAGCAGUCAUCUGGAACUUGACCAAGUCAUAUCACGGAGUGCAGUAUUAGGAACUGCUACUAGUUUUGGUUUUUAGUAUGAUAUGAUUCCAAAGGGAUUGUAAAUAGUCGGCGGAUGCAAAAGUUGAGUUGGGCAACUUCUACUUUGAGGCGGCACGUUUGGUGUUGAGAGAUUAUUUUGAAAAAGCUAUUCGAUAUGUACAAUAUUCUUUUUUGCAAGGUAGCAAAAUCCUCAUUUUUAUCGACCCGUUACAGUUUUCUUGUUUAUGAUGUGGUCUUAAAAGAAGAGGUAGUUUUUGGAGAUAUAUAUAUACUGUUAACUGUAAACAUGUCUAAUAUUACAGAAUGAGAUAACUAACUAUAUUAGUUAUUGGAAAGUGUUCUAUUUAUGUAAAUGUCUUAGCUAGCUGGUAA